GAAGAAGACAGCAGCAAGCGUAGACAAUCCUGGAAUUCUUGUUUGGGAUAUUUGAUCCCUUUAUUAUAGAUCUAUGACAAUUCCUGUCAUAACAACCGAGGAUAAUGGCCAAUAAGAAGAAAGUAAUAGUGACAGGUUUUGAGCCUUUUGGUGAGCAUGCAGUGAACUCUAGCUGGGUGGCAGUACAGGAGCUGGAGCGAUUAGGGCUGGGUGAAGCAGUAGACCUUCAUGUGUGUGAGGUGCCUGUUGAAUACCAGGCUGUUCAGAACCUACUGCCAUCUUUGUGGAAAGAACACCAGCCACAGUUAGUGGUCCACGUGGGUGUUUCUGGGUUAGCCACCACUGUCACUCUGGAGCAGUGCGGCCACAACGAGGGUUACAAAUGCCUGGACAACUGCAACUUCUGCCCAGCUUCCCAGUGUUGCAUGGAAAACGGCCCCAACUGCAUACAGUCAGUCCUGGACAUGGACACAGUCUGCAAAAGGGUCAACGACUCUGACCUCGGGGUCACUCUUUCUGUAUCUAAGGAUGCUGGAAGGUAUCUCUGCGACUACACCUACUACUCCUCUCUGCACCUAGGGCAGGGUCGCUCUGCCUUCAUCCACGUGCCUCCACUUGGGAAACCCUACAGCAGCCAGGACCUGGGUAGAGCUCUGCAGGCCACCGUGCAGGAGAUGCUGAAACUGCUGGAACUGGAUCACAAACACAACGAGCGCUGCGAUCACAACCAUGAGCAGCAGCAUGACCACUAAUGACUCACGACCUCAGCAGACUCAGAGUAAAUUCUCCAAAAUGGACCACAGGUUUUACCACAAGGCUUCAUCAGUGUGACUCCUGAGGUAGCUGUGUGGCUCAAAACAUUAAAAAACCUAUAGUGCAGGCAGUGAUGACUCAAGAUAGUCAACCAUUAGCUCCAGAAAUGAAUGGCAUGAAUUUCACAUUUGCUGUAAGAAACAGGAACUCAUGUCUAAAUUUGGUGCUUUUAACUGUAACAUCAGUGUCACGGUUUGUAUCUUAAAAAUCCUGAAGGUUUAAGACGUUUAACUACAGCGUCUUAUUAUAGACCAGGUCUUGGUCUUUGCAUGUGUGGGUUUGAGUGAGCGUGCAGGAGUGGUGGGCAUCAGUAAGUGUAAGUCGUGUCUCUACUGUCCUUCCUCUGGUCUUCCAUAAGAAGACAGAUGUCAACUCAGCAACAAUUAUGGACAUAUUGACAUUGUAUAAUGUGAAAAGGGGAAUCUGUGUGAGUAUAGAACAUAGAAUCAGUAGUUCUAACAAGGUAAUAGCUGAAACUACCAGUUACAUGUGGUGAUGCACGGUGGGAACGUUUACAGUUACACUAACUUUAGCAUUAGAUUCACUUUUUAACCUGUUAGCCUGUCCUCUCACUGCUUUGAAUUAUGAUGCCAUGGACUUUAAAAUAACAGGAACCUGAAGAUUCACACUUGCAAUGAUUUGUUCAUCUCAGGGAACAUAUUGCACAUGCAAUCACUAUGAAGUCAUGUGAUAAACCCACUGUGUCUGUCCUAUGUAUGUAAUGCAGCUGUUAUUUUUUAUUCCUUCUCUGUCACCCUUCGAGUGUUCAUAUGUGAAAUAGGCAUGCAAAUGUUAUUCUACUUUGUGUGUCAUGCAGAGAACCAUACACAAAUAUCUUACAUGUCAGCUUUCAUCCAUCACAGCAUUUCAUAACCUGUGAUCACAAAGUGACAUUAAAAGAGAGUUUUGUGACUCAGAGUUUGAAAAGUUGGUAUUGCCCUUGGAAGUUGAGUCUGAAUUCAGUCAUUUGGCUUUCUAACUAAAUGGCAGUAACAAGAUGGGCAAGCAGAAUAAAUAAAAUAUUAAGGUGAUUUCAGAUAGAUUACGACCAAUGAUAAGAUGCUGAGAGGUUUGAGAUGUUGAACAAUCUGCUGGUAAUCUUCUUAGUAAACUACUCCCUGCUUUCUUCCAGUGAAUUCCAUAAUGGUUUAUUAACCUACAGAUUCCUUUGGUAGAGGGUGCGUUACAUUAGCACAGGGUGUAGUACAUCGUGGUUAAACAGACCUGCUGAACUUGUUCAGGCCUGACAGAGUGAAAGGAUCAGGAUGUUACUCGAACAUUAAAAAGGUAUUAAAGUCUGCUUGAGUCAGUAUCAAGGACCGUAUUUAUGUAAUCUCUCAAAGUAGGAAAUAGGUCCUGACUGGUCCAAAACUCUCACACCGACGCAUUUUUAUUCCCACUAUUUGGCAAAGGAGUAAAAGUGUUAUAUCACAUCUCUUAACCUUGGAAAGUACCAGGACUUAGGAGAGUCUCAGAGCUGUCCUAACCUGUUAGGAGUUCUGAGCAGGUGGGAAGGGAAGACAAUGUUCCACUUGUGGGCAUAAAAUCCAACUUUUGACUUAAAAAUAAAAAUAUUCCUCACAGGUACUGACUGAGUUUAAGAAUCAGCUAAAUCAUCAAAAGUGAUCUAAAAACUGGCCACUGUGGUUGAAUCUAAAGGUCUACAUACUUCUUCUAAAGAAAUUAUUUUAAUUACAUAAUAUUCAGAAUGGUUCGGGCGGUGCAGAGCUGGAUGAGGGUAUGAUGUAUGGCAGAUAUAAUAGAUGUUGUUAGGCUUUUUUCAGGGGGCCAACAUUUCUACUGAAUCUCCCAAACAUAUAAGGAAGUAUUUUAAUGCCAUGAUCACUAACACCCUGGCUGUAUUAGACUCAUACAGCCCUAUAAAGCAUAUUUACACUGAUUUCUUCCUCUUAUAGGUACAAAGAGAAAAUUUGUACUGUCUAAAAUUCCUUUCAUUGCUUUAUUUUUAUG